GACACGCGGAAGGACAUGUCCCGCCCCCAGCCCCGCUCUCCGCUCUCGCUCCCCAUUGGCUGCCCGCAGCUGUCACUCAGCCGCGCCCUCUAUAAAGGCGGCGGCGGGCGCGGGGCUCCGCACACCGGGAGCGGCGGCACCGGAGCGGCCAUGAGCGAGCGCAGCCCCAAUGAGUCCCCCUCCGCGGCGGAGGCUCCCGGCGGGCAGGAGGAAGCCAAAGCCGGUGACCCCAAGAAGGUGGAGGAGGAGGAGAUCGACAUCGACCUGAGCGCCCCGGAGACGGAGAGAGCCGCGCUCGCCAUCCAGGGAAAAUUCCGCCGCUUCCAGAAGCAGAAGAAGGAAUCGGGGCCCUGAGCGGCCCCCGGGACCCCGCACCCGCGGCGGGCACCGGCUCCUGCCCCGUCCGUCCAACGCCAGCAGGGCCGAGGGGGGCUCAGCCCUUCCGUACCCCCGGGGUGACGCUGUGGGGGGGGACACAGGCGCGUCCCCCGGAGCGGAGGUGGCCCCUGGUGCGAGGGGACAGCGUGGAAGUGCCCUUUUCCCGGGGGAGCCUCCAUGUCCCUGUGGGUGCUGGGGACAAGGAAGGGGACACACACACCCCCCGGUGUCCCCCUGAGUGAGGGCAGCCCCUGUCCCACCCGCCACGGGAAACCGGCCCCCCCCCGCUUCUGUCAUCGUCAUUGUCACCGUCCCCACCCCGGGGGGGGGGGACUUGUAGCAUAUGAAGGAAUAAACCGGGAGAAGAGGAGCCCGAGCGGCGCGUGGUGUGUAGGGACAGACCCCCACUUCCCCCGUGGGUCCCUGCCGGGAACGGGGGAACAGGGAUAUGGGGAUAUGGCACUUCGAGAAUGGCUUCAUCCCGCCCGAAUCUCCCAUCACCCUCUCAUUUGGGGUUUAUCCCAUGAAAUUCCGCUUCAUUCCUCAGCCCCUGGAGCCGUGGCCUCAUUUCCCAGCGCGCUGCGGUGAUUAAAGAUGCUGCUGCUGCCC